GUUGCCGUAGUUUAAAUCCUCUCGACCUCUGACUCGCAGUAAACUUCUUUACUUCCUGCUCGCCGUCCCGCUCUUAUAGACUGGAAAAGGCGAUGUGUUUGAAGGAAAGGGAUUAUAUUUCGACUUAUUUGGACUGAAUUUGAGCACAAGAUGAGCUGGAUUCCUUUCAAAAUCGGACAACCAAGGAAACAGAUUGUUUCGAAGACUGUUGAAAGGGACUUUGAGCGGGAAUAUGAGAAGCUCCAAAAGUUGGAAGAACAGACAAAGAAGCUGCAUAAAGACAUGAAGAAAAGCACAGAGGCUGAUUUAGCAAUGUCUAAAGCAGCAGUGAAGAUCUCAGGGGACUUGUUGAGCAAUCCGUUGUGUGAGCAAGAUCAGGCUUUCCUUGAAUCCAUGAAUGCUUUGGAUACAGCCAUGAAGAGAAUGGAUGCAUUCAAUCAGGAGAAGGUCAAUCAGAUUCAGAAGACCGUGAUCGACCCUUUGAAAAAGUACAGCAAUGUCUUCCCCAGUCUGAACAUGGCGGUAAAACGCAGGGAACAGGCUCUUCAAGAUUAUAAGAGACUCCAGUCUAAAGUGGAGAAAUAUGAAGAAAAAGAGAAGACUGGGCCCAUCAUGGUCAAACUCCAUCAGGCCAGAGAAGAACUGAAGCCUGUCAGAGAAGACUUUGAAGCCAAGAACAAGCAGCUAUUGGACGAGAUGCCUAAGUUCUACAACAGCCGCAUCGACUACUUUCAGCCCAGCUUUGAGGCUCUGAUACGAGCUCAGGUGGUCUAUUUUACAGAGAUGCACAAUAUCUUCACUGACCUGACAGAUCAGAUUGAUCAGGGAGGUCUGACAGAUGAACAGAGAAAGCAAGAGAACGAGGCCAAACUAAACGAGUUGCGCGCGCUGUCCAUCGUGGCCGACGACUGAGACCGAAGACAUCCUGUUACCCACGUCAUACUCUGAUGUUUUAAUGAAGUCCUUUAAUUUAUUUCUCUUUUUUUGUUGAUAAUGUAGAAGUCUUGUUUUGUAUAUCUUUGACAGAUCAAGCCAUCACAAAACACUAAUGAUACUGUAAAACGUUUUAAACGUGUACAGAUUCUCAUACAAGCAUGAAAUAUAGUUUCUUAGCUAGAGUUAAUUACGUA